AACGCCUGUCCUGAAUUGUUCCAGUUUCACCAAGAUGCAACUCAGUGAAUGGCCGCCUGCACGGAGAAAAAAUCAACAGAUGAAGAAUUGAGAGUUGUUUUGUCGUGGUUUAGCUGUUGGACAGAACAUCAAAAGUAUGAGUUCAUGGAUAUCCUCGCUAAUAAAGUCACUCCUAACAAACUGUCUUCAUUAAAUGACGCUUUGGAGUCUCUUUCGUUAGCAAGCCCAGAUGUUUUUCAUUGCCAGCUUCGAAUGUUUAACAAGUGGUUUUUGCAAUGGACUGACCAGCAGAGGAACCUGUUUGUGAAUCGUUUGGAGGAAAUAGAUUAUCAAUCUGUGCAAUAUUUUUAUGAAAAAGUGUCUCAAACUGCACAACAGGAAUAGGAAACGUUAGCUUUGUUACUCAUUUUCCAAAUCAAGUUUGAGAACUUACUCUGCAUGAAAAGCUUACAUGGAAAACGUUGGAGAAUCUAAAUUUUCUUUGGCAUUUUAGGAGGUUACAAUUUAAGACUCUAGUUCAUAACAGGAGAACUGAAAAAGAUGUAAACUGUGUUGUAAAUCAUGGAAACAGAAGUCCAUACCUAAGCAUCACUGACAAUUUAAUGACCUCAGGUUUUUCUUUGAAAUGCUACUAGAAGGUUGAAAACCUUCACCUGUAUCUUUCAUCAGUUUGUUUUCAGUGCUUUAUUUGACAGUUGAUAUCUGGUGAAGACAGGGAAAAUUUCUCCCUUGUGACUUCAAACAAUGUUAAGAAAGGGCUAACCCUUUAAUGCCUCAGCUGGAUUAACACCUAAUUUCUCCAAACAGUAUCACCCUUGAAUCAAACAUUAAGUUCAUGAGAAUAAAGGAAAUGAUGACAAACUCAAGAAGUUCUUGAUUGUAAGACAAAUUCUCCUUGUAAGUAACAUAGAAAAUGUAUAGAAUAAAUUAUGGAGAACUUUCCCUCUGAUAUAGUGUAAAAGUAUAGUAACAUGCAAAAUUUACCUUUUAAGGUAACUCUUUAUCCAAGUGCACCUGAAUUUUUCUUUAUGUUAUUUGUGAAUGUUAAGAUACCAUUCCAGUUAUAAAUAUAACUUUGAAAUUGAUGUAAACUUAAGAUAAAAACUGUAAGAAAACCACUAACAGUUUAUGUGUUUUUACUCAAUACACCUACUGACUGAACUGAUUUUAUUCCCAGUUCACUAAGUGAUUAACUUGUUACUUCUUCUUACAUUAUUUCCAUAUUCUCCAGUAACAUGUGGUGAGUAUAUAAGAACUAACUGGCCAAAAUAUUUUUGUUGAUUAAGUAUCAAAUUCUUCUUAGUAUUUUUAAGGAAAAGUUGAGCAGCUAGAAGGAAGAAUUACUCAACAUAACUUAGGAGUGGGUUUAGACCCAGGCCUCCCUAAUGACUCAUUUGGUAUGAUUUGCCACCAUUACACAACCAC